AUGGCGCAGUCGUCGUUGCGGCGGUGGGCGGCGAGGGUGGUGGCGUUGGUGGUGGUUCUUGGGCUGUUGUUGGCGGCGGCUGCGGCGGAGGAGGGAGAUGGAGGGGGAGGGGACGGGGCGGCGCUGAUGGCCCUCAAGGCGGGCUUCGGCAACGCCGCCAACGCGCUCGCCGACUGGGACGGCGGCCGCGACCACUGCGCCUGGCGGGGCGUCGCCUGCGACGCCAACUCCUUCGCCGUCCUCUCCCUGAACCUGUCAAAUCUGAACCUGGGUGGGGAGAUCUCGCCGGCGAUAGGGGAGCUCAAGGCCCUACAGUUCAUGGAUCUCAAGGGGAACAAGCUCACAGGCCAAAUCCCAGACGAGAUUGGGGACUGCGUCUCCUUAAAAUACUUGGAUUUGUCCUUCAACCUGCUGUAUGGAGACAUCCCCUUCUCCAUCUCCAAGCUCAAGCAACUCGAGGAUCUGAUUCUGAAGAACAACCAGCUCACGGGACCCAUCCCUUCCACACUGUCCCAGAUUCCAAAUCUCAAAAUCUUGGAUCUGGCGCAGAACCAGCUUACAGGCGACAUCCCAAGGCUAAUCUACUGGAAUGAAGUUCUGCAAUACCUAGGCUUGAGGGGUAACUCACUCACUGGAACCUUGUCACCUGACAUGUGCCAACUCACUGGCCUGUGGUACUUUGAUGUGAGGGGCAACAAUCUAACAGGAACGAUUCCACUGAGCAUAGGGAACUGCACAAGCUUUGAGAUUCUGGACAUUUCAUAUAACAAAAUCUCUGGAGAAAUACCUUACAACAUAGGUUUCCUUCAAGUAGCUACACUGUCACUUCAAGGAAAUAGACUGACUGGGAAAAUUCCAGAAGUGAUUGGCCUCAUGCAAGCUCUUGCUGUUCUUGAUCUGAGCGAAAAUGAACUAGUAGGUCCCAUUCCUCCGAUACUCGGCAACCUAUCCUACACGGGCAAACUAUAUUUACAUGGCAAUAAACUUACUGGAGAAGUACCACCAGAACUUGGGAACAUGACGAAACUUAGCUACCUGCAACUGAACGACAAUGAAUUAGUUGGCACAAUUCCAGCUGAGCUUGGGAAACUUGAAGAGCUAUUCGAAUUAAAUCUUGCCAACAACAAUCUUGAGGGUCCUAUUCCUACAAACAUCAGUUCUUGCACUGCACUAAACAAAUUCAAUGUUUACGGCAAUAGAUUAAACGGUUCUAUCCCUGCUGGUUUCCAGAAUUUGGAGAGUUUGACUAACUUGAAUUUAUCCUCGAACAAUUUUAAAGGCCAUAUCCCAUCUGAACUUGGUCAUAUCAUCAAUUUGGACACACUGGAUCUUUCCUACAAUGAAUUCUCUGGACCAGUUCCUGCUACUAUUGGUGAUCUUGAGCAUCUUCUUCAACUAAAUUUGAGCAAAAACCUUCUUAGUGGGUCAGUGCCUGCUGAGUUCGGAAACUUGAGAAGCAUCCAAGUAAUUGAUUUAUCCAACAACGCAAUGUCUGGUUAUCUCCCUGAAGAACUAGGCCAACUUCAGAACCUUGAUAGUUUGAUUCUUAACAACAAUACUUUGGCUGGGGAGAUCCCUGCUCAGUUGGCUAACUGCUUCAGCUUAAACAUCUUGAACUUGUCAUAUAACAACUUCUCUGGACAUGUCCCAUUGGCUAAGAACUUCUCAAAGUUCCCCAUGGAAAGCUUCUUGGGAAAUCCGAUGCUGAGUGUUCACUGCAAAGACUCCAGCUGUGGCAACUCUCAUGGAUCAAAAGUGACUAUUCGGACAGCGAUUGCUUGCAUCAUCUCGGGCUUCGUCAUAUUGCUCUGUGUUCUGCUAUUGGCGAUAUAUAAAAUAAAGCGACCACAGCCACCUAUCAAAGCAUCUGAUAAACCAGUGCAAGGACCUCCAAAGAUAGUGCUCCUCCAAAUGGACAUGGCUAUCCAUACCUAUGAUGAUAUUAUGAGGCUGACAGAGAACUUGAGUGAGAAAUACAUCAUCGGCUAUGGCGCUUCAAGUACCGUGUAUAAAUGUGUGCUCAAGAGUGGCAAGGCCAUCGCUGUGAAGCGGCUCUACAGCCAAUACAACCAUGGCGCCCGUGAGUUCGAGACGGAACUGGAGACAGUCGGUAGCAUCCGGCACAGGAAUCUUGUCAGCCUUCAUGGCUUCUCACUCUCUCCUAAUGGAAACCUGCUCUUCUACGACUACAUGGAAAACGGUUCCUUGUGGGAUCUUCUCCAUGGUCCAUCAAAGAAGGUGAAACUUGACUGGGAGACCCGACUGAGGAUCGCGGUUGGCGCGGCACAAGGGCUGGCCUAUCUGCACCAUGACUGCAACCCUCGGAUAGUCCACCGAGACGUCAAGUCCUCCAACAUCCUGCUCGAUGAGCACUUUGAAGCGCAUCUCUCGGACUUCGGCAUCGCCAAAUGCGUCCCGGCUGCCAAGACCCACGCAUCCACUUAUGUGCUAGGAACCAUCGGCUACAUCGAUCCGGAGUACGCCCGGACGUCGAGGCUGAACGAGAAAUCCGACGUGUACAGCUUCGGUAUCGUUCUUCUGGAGUUGCUCACGGGGAUGAAGGCCGUCGACAAUGAUUCCAACUUGCACCAGUUGAUAAUGUCGAGAGCGGACGACAACACGGUGAUGGAGGCGGUGGACUCGGAGGUGUCGGUGACGUGCACGGACAUGGGGCUGGUGCGGAAGGCGUUCCAGCUGGCCCUGCUGUGCACCAAGCGGCACCCCAUCGACCGGCCGACGAUGCACGAGGUGGCCCGGGUGCUGCUCUCGCUGAUGCCGGCCCCCGCCGCCGCAAAGCCCUACUCCUACGCGGCGACGGACGCCUCCAAGAAGGUGGACUACACGCGCUACCUGGCAGCGGCGACGACGCCCGACGACACUGCCGGCGACAACAGCUCCUCCGACGAGCAGUGGUUCGUGCGGUUCGGCGAGGUCAUCUCCAAGCACACCAUGUGA